AUGACAUCCGUAGAAUUAAGACUCAGUGCAGAAGAUCCAGAUUUAUUAUUCCAGUUUAGUUCGCCAAUCGAUCGGAACGCAAACAACAACGAGAAUCGGAUGCGACUAGACUCUUCCUUGUCGGAAAUUCAAAAUUGGGACCAUCAUUUAAAUCUCACACACUCGAAUGGCAACGGUCACGUGCUGGGGCCGAGUACGGCGAGUACGGAAAGUAUGGCAAGUACGUUGCUAGAGGAAGAAGACGACGACCAAGAAGACGACAACGACUACCAAGAAGCACAGACUCUGUUUGGAUCUGAAUCAGCCAGCACGACAAGUAGGAACGAGCCUCACAACAACAGGAAUGUCGCUGGGGUCGUGAACCCUGUUCAGCAACUCCAGGGAUCCUCUUCCCAUCAAUAUAUGCGCGGUCCUUCUGCUGCUGCUGUUCCCGCAAAUCGCGGAUACGCUCAUCCAAGAAACCCGUCCAGCGUUCAUGUGCUUUCCAAUUUCAACAACAUUUUGUCGCGAUCAUUGUCCGCACACCAGCUUCACGACAUCGAGCGCAUGGUGGACGAAUUCUGGCUUCGCGACUCAAAACUCACCGAAGACAUGUUUGACGAUUCGUCUGACGAAGAAUGA